CGGUAUUCAUGAAUGCUUCGGUAAAGGAGCGCGGUUCCUGAAGAAAUACAGGAGUAGUGACCGCCUCGUCUAGUAGUUGUCUACCCACUAAAUAUUCUGCAGAUUGCAGAAUAAAAAACGACUCGGAUUUCCUUCUCCUCUCUGCUCGACGAUUUACAAGCGCCUAGAGUCUGAUCUCGGUGUAGCUCCGCCGACCUUACCGUUACAGGAUCUUACAAACAAGUCCGUUAGCUUAAGUAGCGAGCUAGCAGCUAGCAGCAAUGUCGGGUGUUGUGCGAGGCCCCGCUGGGAACAACGACUGCCGAAUUUAUGUGGGAAACCUCCCCCCUGAUAUUCGCACAAAAGACGUGGAGGACGUGUUCUACAAAUACGGAACAAUCCGAGAUAUCGACCUGAAGAACCGGAGAGGGGGGCCGCCUUUCGCCUUCAUUGAAUUCGAGGACCCAAGGGACGCAGAUGAUGCAGUCUAUGGACGUGAUGGAUAUGACUAUGACGGCUACAGGCUGCGUGUGGAGUUUCCUCGGAGCGGCAGGGGCUCGAGAGGCGGUUUCGGAGGGAUCGGUGGAGCUCCAAGGGGCAGAUAUGGUCCUCCAUCCAGACGCUCCGAGUACAGGGUCAUUGUGUCAGGACUCCCUCAGAGUGGCAGCUGGCAGGACCUGAAGGACCACAUGCGUGAAGCAGGCGACGUCUGCUAUGCUGACGUUUUCAGAGAUGGAACCGGGGUUGUAGAAUUUGUGCGCAAAGAAGACAUGACCUAUGCCGUUCGAAAGCUGGACAACACCAAAUUCCGCUCACAUGAGGGAGAGACUGCUUACAUUCGUGUGAAAUUAGACGGUCCCCGCAGCCCAAGUUAUGGAAGAUCACGCUCCCGCAGCCGUGGCAGUCGGAGCAGGAGCCGCAGUCGCAGCGCCAGUCGCAGCCGCAGCAAUUCCCGUGGUCGUGGCAGAGGAUCGCCCCGCUACUCGCCUCGUCACAGCCGCUCUCGCUCCCGUUCCUAAACCUUUCUACCACCGAUGUUUUGAUGUACACCCUCCUGUUUUUACCUCUUAUGAGUUUCUCCAGAUGUCAGCAGUUGAUUUUUAAUUUUUGCAUUUCAUGUCCCGAUGUCCUUGUGGAUGAUCUUGGUAUGUAGAUGUACCCCCUCCCUCCCCUCUUUCCCUCUCGCCCCUCCCUCUCCAGCUACUUUGUCCUUUUGUUUUCUCCCCCUCUCUCUCCCCCUUCUUUCUGUCCUCUCAAUUUUUGCAAUAUAAGAAAUUGUGCUGUGUUGAACUUCAAAAAUGUUGAGUUCGUAUAAGCUGCACUCAACUUUUUUGCAAGUAUUGAAAAUUGAGUUUUGUCUUUGUUUUGUUUUUUUUGGUUUUUUAAAAAAAACAUAGCUUCUCAUUGGAUAUGUGGGGUGGGCUGUUUGGACGGGGAGCCCAAUGCUUAACUGUAUUUUACCCUUGUGUCUUCCUUUAGACAUCUGAAGAGAAGGAUUAAAGUGAUUUGGAAUAAAACCAUUGUGGAGCACAUUUCAUUUGUAUGGUCAGGAUAGGACAUCUAAUUGAGGAGCAAUCAGGUCGAGGCAAUGGUACGCUUCAUAUUCCAUAAAUUGAACGUUUUGAUAGGUUUCCAUAUCAUGCAUGUCAUAUUUAAUAAAGCCAUAUGUGCUGUACUUUGUUAUAUAUACAAUUUUUAACUUGCUACUCUGGCUUGUGACAGAAUAAGCAGUCCUAGAUCAAGUGUUGUGAUGUAAGUGUAACAUCUUUGCUGUCAAAUGUAAAAAUCUGAAUCACUACUUUGUUGCAAAAGCGUCCCACUUAACUCUAAAUGUCCUCAUUGGUUAAAAUGUUUUAACUUCAGGGAGCUAUAGUUUUUGUGCUCAGUGGCAUAUUUUUUUUUUCUUGAUCUGACAUGAGUGCUCAAAAAUGGAAAAAUUAGGCCCAAAAAUCUUGACAUUUUAUUCUAACAGUCUGCCUCUGAUUUUCUUCCUGGUAUUUCAAGGUUUUGAUUGGAGGAGUGGCUCAGUGGAUCCCAAUCCUUGGAGCUGGAUGGGUGGAUCGAUUAGGGAAGGGAUAGGCAAGGAUGGAUGCUCGGAACGGGAUCAGUUUUCCAGGAUUCAAAUGAGAGUUUGAUUACAGAACUAAUUAACGGGAGUCCCAGAGCAACUUUUUUUUUCUAUUAGGCCCCCAAAUGCCUAUUUAAAGUUUUUCAGUGGUAAUGGCUUUUAUUUUACAAGAAAACGAAACUGAGGACCAGGAAGUUGGAUCAAAGGAUGGAGUCGUAGAUGCCUGGUAUGAAGGAAUUAAAUUUGGGGAGAUUGGGAGGGGGUUUUAUGUGGGAGUAGUUUCUAUGUUUUAUUUUGCUUAAUCUUGCUUUUUCUCUUAGCAUUUUCAAUAAAACACUUUCAAACAAGGA